GUUUCUGCCGACGCGCGAUAAUAAAUGGUUUUUGCAGCCACCCCUCCCCCCCCUCAUUCGAUAGGAGACAAGGCAUAGUCACCCCCACCAAGAUUACCUGAUCGAACACAUUGCAGGAUUGACAAGGUACAUUACUCACUCACACACAAUGACCGAGUUAAGCCCUGCGGAAACACGAAAACAGCUCCAGCAAUUAGGGGACGACAGCGGCGACCUGAAAACGCAAUUGAACAUUCUGCGCAUUAGCGAGCCGAUCUUUUCUCCUGAUGCUGAAAGUCGACGCUCGUCUCCGUCGAAGCGCAGGUCAGACGUCUCCACUUACGAAAACCCGACACCCGCUUCACUAGAGGCAGAUUUGACACAUUAUAAAGAAUUGUUUUCGAAAUUGCGCUUUUCGUAUGUUGAGCAAGUCACGAAGGAGAAAUUCUUGCGCGCAAUAGUGGGCGAUCCGCCCUUGGUGGUCGGUCACAAUGAAAAUGUUGAGAUGGAGGCGCAGUUGGCGGAAGUGAAAGCCGAACUUCGUGCGCGCAAGGAAGAAGUCCGAUCCACGGUGGAGGAAAUGGAGAAGACGGGCAAGGAUUUGGCGAAUAGGUACAAGAACGUGCAACUACAAAUGACCCAGCUAUCCACUCUACCCGAAUCUAUCGAAAACCUUGAAUCCACUAUUGCCGAGCUUCGUACGAAACAAGGCUCCGAUGCGAACGGUUCAACGUUGCAAAACCUUCCUCUGCCUGCGACGCUGAGUCUGCUGUCAGAACGGGAGGCGGAGCUUGCGGCUCUAGAUCGACAACUUGCUGCCGUGCAAAACACUCUGCCCCGCAAGACACGAGAGGCCGAGGCGGUGGAGCGCGAGCUAAGUGUUCUAGAACGACGGAAGACAGAAGCGAUCGCGCAGGCCCAGGAAGUUAAGAGAAAGAAGGAGGAAGGCGAGAGCGAUGGACUGGUGGAGAUGGGACGAUGGUACCGUAGUGCGGAAGAAACACUUAAGAAACUAGUGGAUAUCGAAAGGUGAGGCCCGCGAAACACUAGCAUGAUUGAUGAUGGGAUGUGGGGAGACGGCGUUCUAGGCCCAUAAUAUAGUUGGAUUACAUGGUGUUCAGAGGUACAUUUUACAGCAACGGAACUAGGGUUGUGAGAAUCG